AUGUUCUUUGUAGAAAAUGCACGUACCACUCGUGUGAAACGUGUCUUCAUUGCUUUGAAAAAUCUCGGACCUCACAGUUCUUAUACAACGAAACGAAUACCUAAACCCAGGUAUUAUUACCUUACAAGAAAGAGUGUUACUCAAAUAAAGCUCAUUUCCCUCUUUGGGGGCCAAUUUCAAACAUCGGUUUAUUAUACGGAUUGGAUAACCGAAAGCAGCAGAAUAGUGACACAACGCUAUCUUUUCUUUCAGAGUUAUACGAAUUGCGUUUUAUAUUUGAUCGGUGCACAGAUUUCGGUCCAGGAA